AUGGAGUGGAGUGGACGACUGGACAGCGACGACGAUGAUGAUGAUGAAGAUGAUGGUGUUAGAUUCCUCCACCGUGAUCAGGAGCUUGUCGAGGAGGUUGGGUUGGGAUCUACCGACGCGAACUCGGACGCAGACGCUGACGCUGAUGUGGAUUCGAACGUGGAAGAGCGGAGGGGUUGA